AUGUCACUAGCAGUGCCUCCACCGAACCGUCAUCGCGCAUCCUCCACCAACGUACGUCCCGCUCUGACAAUAAAUACGCUGGGUAGACGACGUUCGUUGUCGUUGGCCCUGCCGAUUCAGCAGAGUUCAGAACCUUCCACUCCCACCGCUGCUCACCCAGCAGCAGCCAGCAUUUCUACUUCUUCUUUAUCUCAGCCAUCUCAACCAUCUAUGUUGGGGUUGCUGGUCUCAAAGUGCCUCGAGCUGUUGCACGUGCCCACGCAACAUUCUAUCAACUGGUCCACUCCAUCGUCUCCUUAUUCAAGCAGCGAUGACGAUUUAGUGCUUCCCCUUUCUGCCUCUUCACAGAAGGCUACGUUCGGUGAUGUUUCUAACGAGAAACAGACUUCCAAGUCACACCGGCUGUGCCUGCGCACUCCUACAGUGCACGAACCACUCUUGCUCGUUGUGCUCUUGUUCCCCUUGUCAACGGCACUCGUCUUUCUGUCCCUGUACUCCCUACCCAUCUCUGUCACCUGGCCUCGUACCCUUUCUGAACUUGCAGAGCUCAAUUUGGAGCUUCAAAGAUAUUCACAGAGUGGGCCUGGCCCUCUUGCACAUGUCAUAGGUGUGCUAUCCGUUACAGCAGUGUGGAAACAUGCAUGGUCCAUUCCGGGAAGCGUCAUCUGGAAUGUCCUUGCCGGCGCAUUAUUCCACCCGCUGUGGGCAACGUUGCUUCUCUCCGCUUUGACAACUAUGGGCUCGGUAUUUGCAACUCUACUGUGCAUGCCUUUGGCACCUUCAUUGAGUCGCCUCUGGCCGCGGGCAUUGGAAAUGACUCGAAAUGCCAUCGAGGGCGAACCCGAUUUGUCUACCAGUUCAAAAUUAAAGUCACCAGCUUGGGUCCGUCUGUCCAUAUUACGCCUCGUCGGGAUUGUACCUUGGUCGGGAAUUAAUAUCGCGUGCGGGGUGUGUGGUGUCGCAUUGUCCGACUGUACUCUUGGCUCGUUCAUCGGCUGUUUACCAUGGACCGCUGUUACGUGUCAAAUCGGUGACAUCCUUCAGACUGUAGCGUCCGCUGCAUCACCGGCACAUGAGACUGUGUCGUCGUUGUUGGCAUCCCCUGACAUUGUGCUCAAGUUGGUAGUCCUGUCCUUCCUCUCACUUGCACCUAUUUUGGGUCGGGAACGGUUGCGCGCCCUCGUUCUAAAAUCACCAUCAGUACAAUCGGACAUUGCGAAGGUGGACAAGCGGAAUUGGUUGCUUAGGUGGCCAACGACGAUAAGACUGCCAUCUAGGGCGCGAUCGCGCACUGAAGACAGGAGGCCAGACCAGACUGCACCACCCAAAUCUGCUUUUCCCUGA